CGUUUGUCUGUCAGUUUACGAUCGAUCAUCGGUUGGAACGGAUCGGACAGUCAAGCAGGACACACAAUGGCGUUUGAAUCGUUUAAGCUUGAGAUCGGGCCACCGAGUACCGAGUUGCUCGAGGUAGCACGCCAGGAGCUACGUGAAACACCCGAAGUAAGAGCGGCGGCCGUCGAGGAACUGCGGAAGCUGUUGGCCGCAGCCACCGAUCUUAACUUCCCGGAUGACGAGGAGUUUCUGCUGAUCUUUCUACGCCCGACCAAGUUCUAUCCGGAGAGUGCACUGAAGCUGAUGCGCAACAUUGCCGAGUUCAACAAGACGUACAAGGAUUCGCUACACAAUCUAAUGCCGGCCGAUGUGCAAAAUGUGUUCGUUAAUGCUGACAUUAUCAAUGUGCUGACGAACCGAGAUCAAAAGGGACGCCGUAUAAUGGUGGUUAACAUGGGUGAGACCUGGGAUCCGAAGGUUGUCAGCGAGGAGCAGAUUUUCCGCGUCCUGUACACGAUCCAUAAGCUGGCCGUGCUCGAAGAGGCCACCCAGAUCAACGGUGUGGUGGUGAUCUAUGACUUCAAGGGGAUGGGCAUGAAGCACGUCAAAUCGAUGUCUCCUGGAGGGGCCAAGCGUUUGCUCACCUUCAUUCAGGAGGCGAGUCCACUGCGUGUCAAGGGAAUUCAUUUCAUCAACCAGCCGAUGAUCUUCAGCAUGGUUUGGACACUGUUCAAGCCGUUCGUCCAGGAUAAGCUCAACAAACGGAUGUUCUUCCACGGUGAUAAGCUAUCGAAGCUGCACGAACACGUCCACAAGGACUGUCUGCCUUCCAACUAUGGUGGUUCGCUGCCGGCACUGACCUACGGUGGCAAGGAAUGGUAUCCGGUGGCCGAAAAUCAUUUGGAUUUCAUCAAGAAGUUCAACUCCUGUGGGUUCAAGUAGAGAACAGGUCGUCACACUGCACGAAAAGAUUCAUCCCUUCCCCGAAACGACUACAGCAAAUCAAUCGGAACGACCUUAUCAAAUGCAAAUGGUGUGCAGUGGAGAGUAAGCGAGAGCAGUAGAAGAAGCAGCAAAGAAAAAGACUGAGGGCCGGUCGGCUGGCCGGCUGAUAACGCCAACAGACUCCGCGUUAUCGCGCAGCGACGGAGUCCUCUGUUGGUGGGCUCUCUGUGCUCACUGCUCGGUCGUGCUCCUGCGUCUUGACGUCAUGUGGUAAGGUCAUUUGAUAAAAUGUUUACACGGUUACCAGGCUGACUGUUGAAGUUGGAGUGUUGAGUGCCAUAGUUUUUAAUCGUUUGUUAUGUGCGUCUUAUCGAAUAAACAUCGAAUGAAGUUUUUCUACAAAUGAUCAACCAAGAACGGCUGUAAGUAAUGCUCUUCGU